AUGAACGCCAGCGAACUUCUCGCCAAUACCCUAUCUCCAGAUGCGCAUACGCGUUCAGAUGCGACACAAAAGUUGGAGAGCGCAUCAAGGGAGAACUAUCCCGCGUACAUGAUGAUGCUCUCCUCCGAGCUAGUUAAGGAGAAUUCGCUGACACAUGUUAGAAACGCCGCAGGUCUCGCGCUGAAAAACGCGCUAACAGCGCGAGAAAGUGCACGGCAACUCGACUACUCGAAUCGUUGGCUCUCUCUGCCUAACGAGCCACGGCACAAGAUCAAAAGCGACGCACUGACGGCUCUUAGCUCUUCCGCUGGGAAGGUCGGCACCGUCGCGGCGCAAGUCGUUUCGGCUAUAGCGGCGGUCGAGUUACCCCAGGGGCAAUGGAUGGACAUCAUUGAGAUUCUCCUGAGCUUCGUGAACGAUCAGACUAACAUGCACUUGAGGGUAGCAACGCUGCAAGCGAUCGGCUUCAUUUGCGAGACAAUAAAACCGGAAAUUUUGGCGCUACGUUCGAACGAGAUCCUGACGGCGGUUAUCCAUGGCGCACGCAAGGACGAACCAUCACCAGAAGUACAGUUGGCUGCCAUCACCGCCCUCCUUAAUUCCCUUGAGUUCGUUCGUGAUAACUUCGAUCGCGAGGGUGAGCGGAACUACAUCAUGCAGGUCGUUUGCGAAGCGACCCAGAAUGGUUCGGUACCUGUCCAAGUCGGGGCGUUCGAGUGUCUGGUGCGGAUUAUGACCCUUUACUAUGAGAAGAUGGGCUUUUACAUGGAGCGCGCUCUGUUUGGACUUACUGUUAUGGGCAUGAAACAUAGCGAGGAAAGUAUCGCGUUGCAAGCUAUUGAGUUUUGGUCAACGGUCUGCGAAAUUGAGACUGAACUAGCGUGGGAGGCGUCAGAGGCCUCUGAGUAUGGUGAGAUGCCUGAAACCGAGAGUAAAUUCUUCGCCAAAAUUGCGCUGCCUGAGAUUGUUCCAGUCCUCUUGCAAUUGCUAACCCAUCAGGAGGAGGACGCGGAUGAAGAUGAGUGGAACAUCUCGAUGGCUGCUGGAACUUGCCUCGGUCUUCUUGCUCAAGCUGUCGGCGAUACGAUCGUGCCGGCUGUUAUCCCCUUCAUCGAAGCCAACAUCAGGGCUUCAGAUUGGCACCUCCGGGAAGCUGCCGUCAUGACCUUCGGUUCCAUUUUGGAGGGUCCUGACCCCAACGUGCUCACGCCUCUGGUCAACCAGGCCUUCCAAAUCCUCAUUGAUAUGAUGACCGACGCCAAUAUUCAUGUCAAAGACACGGUUGCUUGGACUCUCGGUCGGAUUUGUGAUCUUCUGGUCACAUGCAUCAAGACUGAUGUGCACCUCCACCCUCUCAUAUCUGCUCUUGUCAACGGUCUGCAGGACAACCCUCGAAUUGUUGCCAAUUGCUGUUGGGCUCUCAUGAACCUUUCGGACCAGCUGGGCUAUUCAGAGGGAGAUGACCCACAAGCAGCUACCACUGGGCCGCUGUCACCCUACGUCGAUGGGAUCGUCCAAGCCCUUCUCCGGGUAACAGAGACAGCAAGUAACGAGGCCAAUUAUCGCACAGCUGCUUAUGAAGCUAUCACGUCAUUUGUUACUCACUCGACUUUGGACACGAUCACCGUUGUUCAGGGUACUGCUGUUUCCGUUCUCGUCAGAAUGGAGCAACUUCUGAGUAUGCAGAACCAGAUCCUGGGCGUUGAUGAUCGCAAUAACUGGAACGAUCUGCAGAGCAACUUCUGCAGCGUGAUCAUAAGCGUUGUCCGUAAACUUGGUGAAGGGAUUCAGCCGCUGGCGGAUCGCAUUAUGACACUGGUCCUUCAGUUAAUCCAGGUGGCUGGCAAGACUUCCACCAUCCUAGAAGACGCUUUCCUCCUUGUUGGCGCGCUUGCAGCUGCUCUUGAGCAACGCUUCUCGCCAUAUAUCACUGCGUUCCUGCCGUUCUUGUAUCCAGCUCUGAAGGCGCACGAGGACACCCAGCUAUGCACUGUCGCGGUUGGCGUCAUCGGUGAUAUAUCACGUGCUCUUGGCGAGCAGAGUACACAGUACGCGAACGCGUUCAUGAGCGUCCUGCUCGAGAACUUGCAGAGCGAUGUCCUCAAUCGUAACGUGAAGAUAUCGAUAUUGUCUUGCUUCGGCGAUAUCGCUCUUGCCAUCGGACCUGCGUUUGAGCCGUAUCUGAGCACCACCAUGGGCGUAUUGAGGCAGGCUGGUGGCGUACAACCGAAUCCUCUCGACGUAGAUUUGGUAGAAUAUGUAGGUCUUCUCAGGGAAGGAAUUCUUGAGGCAUAUACUGGUAUCGUCACUGGCUUCAAGAACACGGAGCAAGUCACGUUACUCUUGCCCUAUGUUCAGGGCAUGCUGGAGUUAACUCAACUGUGCCUGGCGGACAGCGAGAGGACCGAGUCCUCCGUCAAGGCGUCGAUUGGUUUGAUUGGUGACCUUGCGGAUUCGUUCCCAGAAGGACAGAUCAAGCAAUAUCUGCUUGCCGAAUGGAUUGCGUCGGAGCUGCGGGCGAAGGGUCGUCUGCCACCAGAAACUAAGAAGACAUUACGGUGGGCCCGUGAGAUGGUCAAGCGCGCCACCGCAUAG